AUGCAAUCCUGCGACAUCUGCCGAAAACGCAAAGUCAAGUGUGACCGCCGCACCCCCUGCGCGCGCUGCCGUCGUCUCCGCCAACCAUGCACAUACACCGACAUCCUGCGCAAGAAGGGCCCCAAGUUCGUACACAGCUAUCCCAGUCUCUAUUCAUUUGGUGCUGCGCCUUAUAACAAUAACACGAGCACCCCGACCUCGAGUGAGACGUUGGCGUCUGCUUCGGGUUCGAAUGAGGCGCUGCCGCUUUUGAGGGGGGGGUUGGCGUUGGGGUUGGAUUUUGAUAUGGGGAUGGGGAUGGGAGUUGGUAUCGAUAUGCAGGGAUUUACAGGUGGUGCAUCUGAGGCGAUGGCAGGGACUGGGACGACAUCUGAGCUAGGCGAUGAGUUGGAACUAGAGCUGGAUUUUGGGGAUGCUUCUCCAGUCCAACAACAGCAACUUCAGCAGGACCUGGAUAUGGGAAGGAGAUUGGAAAUCGGUCCUAAUUCCGAAGCAAGUUCGAUCACGAGUAUGGAGCGUGCCUUGUCUCUCUACGCUGUGAAGCUAUACCCGCUUUUCCCCGUUGUUGACGUCCGCGAGCUGCGAGUGGGGUUUCGAUUAGGGCAUGGGUGGAAUAACGGGUAUGGUUCGGGUCGAUACGCGCUACUGUGUUCGAUGUGUGCUGCGGUCUAUGCGUAUCUGGGCUUCGAUUCAAGCUCGUCGAGACAGGAGUUAGGGCAUGGACAUGAGCAUGUGUGCGAGAGAUAUCUUCGUGGUGCGCUGAGGGCCCGAUCUCAAUUUGAUAUCAGCCAGAGCCACACUUACAGACGAGAACGUCAAAACGACUGUGGAAGAAAAGACAAAAUGUUGAGCUCUUUCUUCCUAUUCCUGACAUAUUGGUUCCUCCGCCGGGAAAGACAUGCUUGGUGGUACCUCCGUGAAUGUAUUUCGCUGCUCUUCUCCCUCCGCAUGCAUCGCGAAGACGAGUAUGAAAAGCUUGAACCGCGAGUGGCCGAGAAUAUGCGAAUCAUUUUCUGGGCAGUGUUUGUUGUAGAGCGGACGUUCUGUUUACUCCACGACAAGCCGAUAACCCUUCGUGCAUGGAUAGAUCUUCCAGGUCAACCGAGUGUCGAUAAAGAUGGUGUCAUUACCGGCUUCGUACGUCUGGUGACUCUACUCCAUGGAGUGAGAGUUGAUCUGUCUGGAUGUUGGACAGCAGAUGGAUUUGUGACACCUAUUACUCUCAGCCUCGCCACUCCAGAAACACAUGGCCAUGAAGACGCGGAAGCAGGGAUACCGAGCCAGAGAGUUGAAUUAGCGGUGACGAGAGAGUGGUUGCGAGCAAAGAUUUGGAAACUGGGAAUCCCUGGGCAGCGGUCGUCCUCGGAAUUUGUGGCGUCCAAAGAAAAUCCAUACUGGCAGCUCGAUGAGCCGUUGUCUAUCGGAAGGGAUAUCCUCGGAGAAUUGCAGGGCUUGUCAAGCGUUCUGCAAGAUAACUGGAGCGGGAUACUGGACCAGAAGCUGAGCGACAUCUGCGAGCGCUUGUACGACAUCCAGCCAGUCAUGCAGACCAGAGGACGAUCUGGGGAAUCCGAUCGAGAUCAGAUCCUUAAAGGGCUUCUGGAAGUCAUGGCAAAGGUUGGCGGGCGUAGUGCUUACUUACUGGGCCAUCCCUGUCAGAGUAGUUAG